GCCGGGCGGGCUCCGCCCGAGUCUCCGGGGCCCAUGGCCAAGCGGCGUGCGGCCGAACCGCUGACGUUCCACGUGCCGUGGAAGCGGCUCCUGCUCUGCGACUUCCCGGAGGAGCCGCCGCCGCCGCUCUGGAUCCCGCCGCCGGUGGCUUCUCCCCCCGGGCAGCCCCUCGGCGUCCCGGAGCAGCCCCGAAAGCGCAAAAUCGACGCGGGGGCCAUGGCCGAGCCUUUGACUUCACCCAGCAAGCGCCGCGACGGCGGGGACACGGGCGCUCACCGGGGCGCGGAGCGUGAGAGCAGCGGCCUGGAGACGGGCGAGCCGCCGCUGCAGCCGCCGCCAGCGGCCCCCGGAACCAGGGAGGAGCCCCGGGGCGCCCAGCCCCCGAGGGGAGGUGGCGACGACGGGGCGGGGCGCGCAGAGCCCCCGCGGGGAGACUGGGGGCCCUCACAGCGCCAGCUCAAUGAAGAAUUUUGGCAGUAUAACACCUUCCAGUACUGGAGGAAUCCUUUACCACCUCUGGAUCUGGCAGACAUUGAAGACAUAAAUGAAGAUAACCUGACAAAACCAACGCUCCAGGGCAAGAAUGAAGUGGUUGAGAUUGACAUGGAAUCCUGACAAAAGGAACUAAAGAAAUGGGUUUUUCUGAAGCUGAGGAACCUCUUUAAAUUUAUGUAUUCUUAAGGAAGAGUUAUUUUCCAUACCUAAUGUGAUUGGUUCCCAACCCUGAAAAAUGAGGAAAGGUGGUUUUAAAGAUAAAUGCCUGCAGUCACUACUGAACUUCCCAGUAGGGAUUUAUCAAGAAUAUAUAGUGCAGUUAUAGAGGAAGUGUUCUAUGUAUGCAUUCCUAAAGGAAAAUUUUGUUCAGAUUCUAGCUUUGAAGAUACUGAUCUUAUAAGAAGAAUUCUGACAGUUUGAGAGAUAGGGAAAUACUCAAAUAUUCCUAUCUGCACCAAAAAGUUAAUGGUACAUGAAGUAAAUAUUGUUUUAUAACAAUUGUUAUUAAUAAAAUGCUUUCUAAUACAUUUUAUUGACUUCUUAGUUAAAUAGCUGAUGUAAACAUCUAUGCAAACUUAAAAUGUGAGGCAUAAGAGUUUUCUAAAUGUAAAGAAUUUCAAUUUGGGUAGCAUGUUUGUGUAACUUUCAAUAUCUGGUGUUUGUUAAGCUCUAAUAAGGGCAAUCAAAAAUGGAUAAAAACAAUGAGAAAUGAAUAGGUGCUUUCCCUUUCCCCAGGAUAAGAGGAAAGAUAUUUAUCAUAUUUAAUUUCUUACUUUUGAGUUGCUUUAAGGGCAUGAUUUUUAUUGCUCACUAGUUUAAACUUUUUAGUUUAAAGGAGAGAACUGAUUUGAGCUGAAGCAAUGCCUCUUAAUUAGCUUUGUUUUUAUUUGUUAAUGGUUUUGUUACAACUAAAUUAUUGUGUUACUACAUUUCAUAAAUAAAGUACACAGUUGUGUUUGAGUUAUAUGAGUAUUGAUGAUUAAAUUAACUUUUGUACUGCAUUCAAAAUGUUGACUUUGUAAUUGAGUAACUCUACCUUGCUUUUAUGUUUUUGUUAAUGACAUUAGAUCUAAAAUUCAGGAAGGUUGAUAAAUGCCAACUAGAGAAAAAAAUACUGUGUGUGUACUGCAGCAUUUAAGUAUGGGUUGACAUUAAUGAGAAUAGAAGAAAAACUAGAAUUGCUUUUAAGAGUCAAGACUUUGGAGUCAGAGUUCAACGUCUUGUGCUGCUGUUUUCUAUAUAUUAAGGAAGUUAUUUUUCAUCUCCAGGCCCCAGAUUCCUCACUUGUAAUAUGAGAAAAAAUAAAUAGUAUCUACCUCAGAAAGACUGUGUUGUCAAACAGUGUACU